AUGGCACCCUACAGACCCAUUUCACCUCACCGCAUCAAUGUGCCUCCCCACCCGCCACCCCGUCCCUCCUCCGUGCUGCUCCUGACUCACAAACCUUUCUUGCCGUACCACGACGUUACCCUCCUCUACCCCCGUGCGGUUUUACGCGGUGACACCUGCCACCUCCCCGCCAUCAGCAUACGAAGAGCUAAUGAGCCGAGAAAAGCGAACAUCUUGGCACCAAAGACUGGAGAGUGGCCAGAGAAGAUAAAACUGCAGAAAGUAGGUGAAAGACAAAAAAACCCCAAAGUAUCUGCUACUCAGGUAACUCUAAUUGGGACACUAAAAUGUCAAGGAGCUGAUUGUGGAAUAAAUGCAGAAGUAGAAAAACAACUUGAAAUGGGAAAGAAGUUAUUGGCUGCUGGACAGCUAGCAGAUGCUUUGUCUCACUUUCAUGCAGCUAUAGAGGGAGACUCUGAUAACUACAUUGCUUAUUACAGAAGAGCCACAGUGUACUUAGCCAUGGGCAAAUCUAAAGCAGCAAUUCGUGAUUUAAGUAAAGUGGUUGAAUUAAAGCAGGACUUCACAUCGGCAAGAUUGCAGAGAGGACACUUACUACUCAAGCAAGGAAAAUUUGAUGAAGCAGAGGAUGACUUUAAAAACGUGCUCAAAUCCAAUCCUAGCAAUAAUGAGGAAAAAGAAGCCCAGACUCAGCUGACAAAAUCUGAUGAGCUACAGCGCCUGCAUUCACAAGCAUUAUCUGCCUACCAGCAAGAGGAUUAUGAAGCCGCUAUUUCUCUUCUUGAUGAAAUCUUGGCAGUUUGUGUUUGGGAUGCAGAGCUACGGGAACUUCGAGCUGAGUGUUAUAUAAAAGAAGGGGAACCAAGCAAAGCCAUUAGUGACUUGAAAGCCGCUGCCAAAUUAAAGAAUGAUAACACUGAAGCCUUCUAUAAAAUCAGCAGAAUAUAUUAUCAGCUGGGGGACCAUGAAUUAUCACUCAGCUGGACAGAUGGUAUAAUCCAUCUUUUUGCACACAAGUGGUUUCUGCCACAGAAUCUGUUCAAGGAAUUCAUCAGAGAAGGCAGGUAUGAAGAUGCUGUCAAUAAAUACGAUGCUGUAAUGAAAACUGAGCCAGAAGUCCCAAUUUAUGCUACUCGUGCCAAGGAAAGGAUCUGUCACUGUUUAUCGAAGAAUCAGCAGGCUACAGAAGCCAUAAAAGUUUGUACAGAAGUUCUGCAACUGGAACCAACCAAUGUGAAUGCCCUGAAAGACAGAGCUGAAGCUUAUUUGCUGGAAGACCUUUAUGAAGAAGCUAUUAAAGAUUAUGAGACUGCUCAAGCCAAUAGUGAAAAUGACCAGCAGAUUCGGGAGGGGCUAGAACGUGCCCAGCGGAUGCUGAAGCAAUCACAGAAGAGGGAUUACUAUAAAAUCUUGGGAGUGAAAAGAAAUGCUCGGAAGCAAGAAAUCAUAAAAGCUUACAGAAAGCUGGCAUCCCAGUGGCACCCUGAUAACUUCCAGAGUGAGGAAGAAAAGAAGCAAGCAGAGAAAAAAUUCAUUGAUAUAGCAGCUGCUAAGGAAGUCCUCACUGACCCAGAAAUGAGGCGGAAGUUUGAUGCGGGAGAGGACCCACUGGAUGCGGAGAGUCAGCAGGGUGGGGGCAACCCUUUCCACAGGAACUGGAACACAUGGCAAGGAUUCAACCCCUUUGGUUCUGGAGGAGGACCAUUUACAUUCAAAUUUCACUUCAGUUAGAGCCAAGACUGUUUCUGGUGGCUGCUGCUCUUUUUUACUUAAUUCGUUGAAAAAUAAAAAGUCUCUCAGUUCAAGACCCAAAA